AUGUGUAACAAUAUUCAUAACGAGACCCAUGAACCCGAACUGCUCCUGAUCCUGAUCCUGCUCCUGCUUUUAAAUGAUGCCUCGGUUUCGAAACGAUGCUCGCUCGCAUUACGCGUCUGUCUUGGCGAUGUCACAGCUGCCAAGGCUUGUGAUAAUCAUGCCAAUGCUUGGGGCAAAGGUCCGGGAAUAGAGAAAGUAUCAUACCAAAAAGAUCUUCCACCAGAUACGAUACCUCGUAAUCUUCAUGCAACAAAUAGUCAUCAGUCACUGCAUGUUCCCGUUGAUUUGCCGGCUGUGGAGCAACACGCUGUCGGUUGUCAACCAUCAGCCCUAUGGAGCUUGAAGUUGACAUUGAGCUUUGGCUCCGAUGAGAAUCCUUGA